UUUCUUUUUUGCUUUUUUUUUUUUUUUUUUUUUUAGUUUUGCCCGCCAAUAUGGCACCCACACAUAAUGUCUUUCUAUUGGCAGUGACGCUCUUUACCACAUUAUCACUCGUUCCGGCGCUCAAGUUCGACGUCGACUUUGUCGACUGGAACCUCAACACAAACAGAUUAGCAACAAACCCAUUAGAGUAUACGGGCAACAGGGACAAGACGAAUCACACAAAGUCGCCGACAAACUGGCGGUUUCCCUACUAUACGAUAUUUUUGGACCGCUUCGUCAAUGGCGACCCGACGAACGAUGAUAUCAAUGGUACAUACUACGAGCAGGACAUGACCAGCAACCAGCUGCGUCAUGGCGGCGACCUGCAGGGAGUUUUGGACUCGUUGGAUUACAUUCAGGGAAUGGGGGUCAAGGGCAUCUACAUUGCCGGAUCGCCAUUCAUCAAUGCGCCAUGGGGCGCCGACGCCUACUCGCCUUUGGACUUGACCUUGCUGGACAAGCACUUUGGCGACAUCAAGAUGUGGCAAAAGACCAUCCAGGCGAUACACGACCGGGGCAUGUAUGUCAUUAUAGAUCAGACAAUGGCAACCAUGGGUGAUCUCCUCGGUUUCGAAGGCCAUCUCAACGACAGCACGCCGUUCACGGAAAAGGAACACAAGGUGGUCUGGAAGUCGUCUCGCCGUUACCUGGACUUUGAUAUUGGCAAUGACUACAACGAGACUUGCAACUACCCCGUGUUUUACAACGAGAACGGCUUCCCCGAAACGGCCGAGACGCUCUCCAAGCUCAAGGGCUGCUACAACAGCGACUUUGACCAAUAUGGUGACAUUGAGGCCUUUGGCGUCUUCCCCGACUGGAAGCGUCAGCUGGCCAAGUUCGCCUCGGUGCAGGACCGUCUCCGCGAGUGGCACCCGUCGGUCAUGGCCAGGCUCAAGGUGUUUUCUUGCUUGGCCAUCCAGAUGCUGGACUUUGAUGGCUACCGUAUCGACAAGGCCAUGCAGGUGACGCUGGAAGCGCAGGCCGAGUGGAGCAGCGCCAUGCGUGCGUGCGCCAAGGAGGUGGGCAAGGACAACUUUAUGGUCGUCGGCGAGAUCACCUCGGGCAACGUGCUGGGAUCCGUCUACCUGGGCCGCGGUCGCCAGCCCGACAUGAAGCCCGACCUGACCACCGCGCUCUCGCUCAAGGGCUCCACCGACAAGAAGUACUUUCUCCGCGAGCCCGGCAACAGCGCCCUCGACGGCGGCGCCUUCCACUACUCGGUCUAUCGUUAUCUCACCAAGUUCCUCGGUCUCCAGGGCAAUCUCCAGGCUGGUUUCGAUCUGCCGACUGAUGACUGGGCGACCUUUUGGAACGACAUGCUGCAGAGCAACGACUUUUACAACGCCAACACUGGCGAAUUUGAUCCCCGCCACCUCUACGGCGUGACGAACCAGGACGUCUUCCGAUGGCCAGGAAUCAAGCAGGGCACCGAAAGAUGGAACCUCGGUUUCUUCAUCAUCACGCUGCUGCUCCCCGGUGCCCCUCUCGUGUUUUACGGCGAGGAGCAGGAAUUCUACGUGCUCGACAACUCGGCCGAGAACUACGUGUUUGGCCGUCAGGCAUUCUCCCCCACGCCGGCCUGGAUGCAACAUGCCUGCUACAAGCAGGACAACGAGGUGUACGUCGACUGGCCGGUCGAGAAGAGCCGGACCGGUUGCACGGACAUCACGGUGAGCUACGACCACCGCGACCCGUCGGCACCGCUGCGCAACAUGAUGAAGCAUAUGUUCCAGAUGCGCGAACAGAUCCCCUCGCUCGAGCACGGCUGGCUCGUCCAGAAGCUCGCCAACCAGACCCGCUUCGAGCUCCUGCGCGGCAGCUCCUCGCCCUCCGAGUUUGGCAUCUGGGGCAUGGCCAGGGGCCUGAUGAUACCCGCGCAAAAGGCCAACGAGUCGGAGCCCUACGUCUGGCUGGUGUACCACAACGAGGCCGUCGAGAAGACCUAUACCUUUGACUGCAACUCCCAGGCCGAGCACGUCGCCUUUGUCGCGCCGUUUGACAGCGGAGACAAGGUGGUCAACCUGUUUGACAAGUCGGACGUCCUGACCCUGGGUUCCUCGGCCGUCAAGAAUGGCUUCACGGGCAGCGCCUCGGCCGGCUGCAUCAGCAGCAUCACCAUGAAGCCGUACGAGUUCCGCGCGUACGUGCCCGAUGGCAAGUUCGUCGAGAUCACACCCAUGAUCACCGGCUUCAUCCCGGGCCCGUCGGACAACCCUGGAAAACACGACAGCUCCUUCGACUCGACCUUUGCCGACGGCCGAUUGGACCUUCGUCUGGAAUUCUCCGUCGAGAUGGCCGACUGCGACUCCAUCACCAAGGCCAUCACGAUCCUCACUACGACCAAGGACGGCGAGGGAACGGGCAGCUCUGCCAGGAUCACCCAGGUCACCUGCGGCCUCAUCCAGAACCCCACCAAGCGCGAUCUGGUCGGCUUCGUGCCGUCCCUCUUCUUUUGGUCCGCCAAGCUCACGUCCCUCGCCGACGGCAUCCACAAGGUCGUGGUCGAGAACGCGCCUGCCAAGAAGACGGGAUCGACCACGGCGGCGCGCGACGUGUUCCUCUUCCGGUUCGGCAAGCUCAACAACCCCGUGGUCUGGCCGCAGGUCGCCAACUACUCGACGACGCUGGUCUCGGGCACCAAGGACGCCAUGAGCAUCACGCACUCGGCGCCGGGAGCGACAAAGUGGCGCUACACCACCAACUGGGGCACCAUGUGGAGCGACUGGCAGCCGUACACGGGCGAGCAGACCGUGUCCAUCUCGCCCAUGGUCUGGUCGGGAACGGCCAAGCAGCAGUGGGAGGGCACGCACGUCACGGUGCAGUACCACAGCGCGCCGCUCGGCAGCUCGUCCAUCAAGCAGCACGGCGACCUCAACUGGGGCACCCCGCGCCGCCUGCCGCACGUCUUCCUCCACGGGCCCUUCAACAAGUGGGGUUACGACGCCGGUGUCCUCAACACCAUGGCCCUGGCCGGCGCUGGCCUCUGGGAGAAGCACUUUUUCUACGAGUGGCCCGCCAACUUCCAGUUCAACAUUUGGGGCAUCAACCCCGACGGCCAGCCUGACGCCACCUUCAUCUACGGCGACGUCGACAAUGAUGGCGUCGCUGAUCGUCUCCCUCCCAGCUCGCUCGCCAACAACGUCGUCAACAUCACCUCUGGGCCCCCGAUGCCGUAUUGGUCGUGGAAGAUCCAGUUCGACGACACCAACCUGACCAUCAAAAAGGUUCCUCAGGGACACAUCGCCGUCCAGGUCAUCCUCAUGUUCCUCCUGGCUACUGGUUCGGUGAUCUUGGCCGCCGUGUCGGGAUGGAUCUACGUGGCGGGUUUCUACAAGGUCAAGGUCAACAAGUCUGGCUUCAGCAAGAAGAAGGGCUUCCCCCUGAAGCUCAACCUGUCUAGCGUGAACCUCAUGUCCAGGGAGAAGGAAAAGGGCAUGGGAAUGGAGAUGGCCACCGUCACCCCAUCGCCCAUGGUCUCGCUCACCCCGGCUCCCGGUGGUGCCGCCGCUGCUGCUGGCAAGGAUGGCAAGCGCCGCAAGGUCCUCAUCGCCACAAUGGAGUACAACAUUGACGACUGGAAGAUCUCCAUCAAGAUCGGUGGUCUCGGUGUCAUGGCCAAGCUCAUGAGCACAGCUCUCCCGCACUGUGAUAUUAUUUGGGUGGUCCCCGUGGUCGGUGAUGUCGAGUACCCCGUCGACACGCCGGCCGAGUCCAUGUUUGUGAACAUCAUGGGCUCAUCCUACGAGGUCAAGGUCCAGUACCACUACCACGAGAACAUUACCUACGUCAUCCUGGACGCCCCCGUCUUCCGCACCCAGACCAAGGCCGACCCGUACAUCGCCCGCAUGGACGACAUUGAGAGUGGUAUCCUGUACGCCGCCUGGAACAGCUGUAUCGCCGAGGCCAUCCGCCGCUUCAGCCCCGACAUCUACCACAUCAACGACUACCACGGAGCCGCCGCCCCGCUCUACCUCCUCCCGCAGACCAUCCCCGUCUGUCUCUCGCUCCACAACGCCGAGUUCCAGGGUCUCUGGCCCAUGCGAACGCCCGAGGAGAGCAAGGAGGUGUGCGAGGUGUUUGGCCUGGCCCCCGAGAUCGUCACGCAGUACGUGCAGUACGGCGCCGUCUUCAACCUGCUGCACGCCGGUGCCAGCUACCUCCGUCUGCACCAGCGCGGGUUCGGCGCCGUGGGCGUGUCCAAAAAGUACGGCGACCGUUCGCUGGCCCGCUACCCCAUCUUCUGGAGUCUCAAGAACAUUGGCCAGCUGCCCAACCCGGACCCCUCGGACAGGGACGACUGGGACCCGUCGCAGGCGGCGGAGCAGCAGCAGCCCGAGGACAUACAGAUCGACGAGGAGGCCGAGGCCAAGCGUGGCGACCUCAGGCGGCAGGCUCAGGAGUGGGCCGGCCUCAACGUCGACCCGGACGCGGACCUGUUUGUGUUUGUCGGUCGCUGGUCGCUGCAAAAGGGCGUGGACCUCAUCGCCGACAUCUUCCCCAGCGUGCUGGAAAAGUACCCCAAGACCCAGCUGAUCGCCGUCGGUCCCGUCAUCGACCUGUACGGCAAGUUCGCCGCCCUCAAGCUGGAGAAGCUCAUGCAGAAAUACCCCGGCCGCGUCUUCAGCAAGCCCGAGUUCACCUCGCUGCCGCCCUACAUCUUCUCGGGAGCCGAGUUCGCCCUGAUCCCCUCGCGCGACGAGCCCUUUGGUCUGGUGGCGGUCGAGUUCGGCAGGAAGGGUGCGCUGGGUGUGGGUGCCAGGGUCGGUGGUCUGGGUCAGAUGCCGGGCUUCUGGUACACGGUGGAGUCGACCAGCCCGCAGCAUCUGCUGUACCAGUUUGAGCACGCCAUCACGUCGGCGCUCAAGUGCAAGACCAAGAAGCGGGCGCUGAUGCGCGCGUGGUCGGCCAAGCAGCGUUUCCCCGUGGCGCAGUGGCGCAUGCAGAUCGACUCGCUCUACGACCAGUCCAUCCGCAUCCACAACAAGGAGGCCGCCAAGAAGAAGUCGGGCGGCCGCAGCGGUGGCCUCUUCCCCCUGAGCCCCUCGGUGCAGAGCCCGAACCCCAACACCCGCCUCAUCGGCAGCAACAGCCCGCUGUCUCCCAUCCCCGGCAGCUCCGCCGGCCCACCGUCACCCGGCGCCGACGCUUCGAGGACGCGAUCGCUCAUCGGCCCGACGCCCACCAGCCCCGGCCUCAUGUCGCCCUACGGCGCACCCGACGACGGCCCGCGGCUCAGCGCCCCCCGCUUCCCCUGGACCGACCUCCCCAGCAGCAACAACCGCGACUCGACCAUCUCGGUCAUGACCACGGACAGCACGGGCUUCCGGGCGCAGUCCGAGGGCGCCGAGGGCGACAUGCUGGGGAUGCCGACGCCGCCGCCCAAGAGCUUCUACCAGCAGUCGCGCAACAGCUCCAUGCUGUCGCUCAAGGACGUGGUCGGCGAGCGCCACGACUUCAAGCUGCAAAAGGUCGACCAGAACUUCACCGACAGCAACGAGGAGUUCUACUACGAGUUCAGCGCCAUGCUGGACGACAACCUGACCGCCAAGAACUCCACCACCGAGAUGUGCAUCGAGUCCUUCCUCAAGAAGAGCGAGAAGGAGUGGUUCGCGCGGUACCGCAACGCCAAGCUGGGCAUCUCGCGCGACGCCAGCAGGUCCCGGCCCGGCUCGCCGAGCGGCAGCAGGCCCCAGUCGAGGGGUGGUGACAGCCGCAACACGAGCGUUGUGAGUCGUGGUAGGGCGCGCCACCGAAGCGCGUCGAGGAGUGGUCUGCACAUUGUCGACAAUUCUGACGAGAGCCAGACCUCGCCUUGGACCGACGAUGAGUUUCUGCUUGGUGAUGGAUACAAGGCGCCGACUGGUAUCAAGAAAUUCCUCUCCCGCCGCGUCGGCGACUGGCCCAUCUACUCCUUCUUCCUCGUCUUUGGCCAAAUCAUCUCCAUCAACUCGUACCAGAUCGUGCUCCUCACCGGCGAGACCUCGCAAGAACCCGCCAAGCUCUACACCACGGCCGGAACCUACUGCGCCACCUCGGUCAUCUGGUUCUUCAUGUCGCGCUACUUCAAGAGCGUCUACGCCCUGUCCAUCCCCUGGUUCUUCUUUGGCCUCGCCUUCCUCUGCCUGGGCGUCGCCCCCUUCAUCGCCGAGUGGAGUGUCCGGGGUCCCCUGCAGGACGCCGCCACCGCCUUUUACGCCGCCGGCGCGAGCCACGGCGCCAUCGCCUUUGCGCUCAACUUUGGCGACGAGGGCGGCGCCCCGACCCGGCAGUGGGUCACCCGCGCGCUGGUGGUCACCGGCUUCGCGCAGGUCUACUCCCUCGGCCUCUGGUACUGGGGCACGCUGGUGGCCAACGGAUCGUACUCGGUGUCGGGCUUCAUCGGGGCGACGGCGGUGCCCCGGGCGGUCGUCAUCUGCAUCCCCAUCUGCUUCAUCCUCUGGGCCAUCGGCAUCAUCGUGUACCUGGGCCUGCCCGACUUUUACCGGCAGUCGCCCGACACCAUCCCGGGCUUCUACAUCUCGCUGGCGCGGCGCAAGAUCGUGCCGUGCUUCUUCGCCAUGGUCAUCAUCCAAAACUACUGGAUGUCGGCGCCGUACGGCCGCAACUGGGCCUUUUUGUUUUCGUCGCAGUUCGUCCCCGGCUGGGGCGUCGUGCUGCUCGCCAUCUUCUUCCUGCUGGGCCUGUGGUCCGUCAUCCUCUACGCGCUCAGCCGCCUGGCCGACGAGCACACCUGGCUGCUCCCCAUGCUCGCCAUCGGCCUGUGCGCCCCACGCUGGGCCCAGAUGCUGUGGGGCGUCUCGGGCAUGGGCAUGUACAUCCCCUGGAUCCCGAACCCCGUCGCUGGCGCCGUCAUCUCGCGCUGCCUGUGGCUGUGGCUCGGCCUGCUCGACAACAUCCAGGGUGUCGGCUUCGGCAUGAUGCUGCUCGCCACCCUGACCCGCACCCACGUCCUCGCCGUCCUCAUGGGCGGCCAGGUCUUUGGUUCCGCCUUCACCAUGCUCGCCCGCGCCACCAGCCCCAACCGCCUCAUCCCCACCGUCACCUUUCCCGACUUUAGCGAGAGCAUCGGCGCCGGCCUGUCGCAGCCCUGGUUCUGGGCCUGCUUGGGUUUCCAGCUCCUGAUCCCCUUGGCCUUUUCCAAGGUCUUUAGAAAGGAGCAGGUUUCAAAGCCAUAAGAAAACCAGUCCGAGGCGAAAUAGGGGGGGAAUUUACAGGGGUUCUAUACGCCGCAAUGUGUUUAUGAGGGCCAAAUAGGGGUUUUGAUUUCUUUUUCCUUUUUUUCCUAAUCUGUUCACUCGGCAUCACAACUGGUAUAAAAUAGAUCUUGUAUACUCGUAUUUGUUUUGUUAUGUUUUGGGUUGUUUAUAAUAAAAGGUUCAUCCAUUUGCUUUCGUGUCCAUUGGUUUGAUUGCGUGCAGACUACCUUGGCUUCAAUGAAACUCGACCGUGCUGCUAGA